AUGGACGUACUGACAACCCCGAGACCGGCUGCGGGGAGUGAGGAGCUACCCAUGACAACCCCAACCACCGACUUCUCGGUGAUCGAAGCGCAGAAGGAGAACAUUCGACCACAUGUCUCUGGCCGAUCAGCCGCGACAUUGUCCAACCUGUUUGCAAAAUCCUCCGAGAGUGACAGGAUCGUUCAAGAAGGGCAUGAGAGGCAUCAAAAGGCAAUUGAGGAGGCUGAGAGGAGGGAUAAGGAGGGCGAGGAGAUGGAAGAAGGCAUAGUAGAUGUACUGGACGCUUACAACAGGUACAUUCUCUUCACGGUUCAGCACCACCCCUCAGCUGCAUCGCAUUUGCUGCCGCUGCUAGAGUCCACCACGAGACGGUUUGUCAACGAUGGACGGUACGCUCAAGACGCUCGACAUCUCAAGUUGUGGGUCAUGUACGCGCGACACGUCGAAAGGAGGGAAGAGGUAUGGGCUUUUCUGGAAUCCAAGGAUGUAGGCACGAAACACGCGGUCUUCUAUGAAGAAUGGGCCAUGGCUCUGGAGGGUCUAGGGAGGAAGAAGAAGUCGGACGAUAUUUACCGCUUGGGAAUCCACAGAAAGGCAGCCCCUGUGGAUAGGCUCAAAAAUCGACAUCAAGCCUUUCUCGCCCGUAUCAUGGCGCCUCCGUCGGGGGUCGUCCCGGAUGAUGAGCCUGAGCGGUCGACCCGGGCAGUACUUGGACAAACUGAAACUGGACCAUCCCUCAUAUCCGGCGCCGUUCAGCUCGCACCCUCUACACGCCUGUCACGAGCGCCAAACGGACACAAAAUGGAGAUUUUCACCGACUCUGGAGCGUCAGGCGAUGAUGGAGAACGUGGCGAGUGGGCCGAUCUAGGAACAAGGGAUGAUCGGCGCAAGGAAAAUACGGUAGAAGCCACGCCUUGGAAGGGCGAGACCCUCCCACAGAAACGGGCUGCGCAGAGGACGCCAAAGCUCGAGGUUUUCAAAGACUCGCUGGACAAUGACGCGGUUCGAUCCGCAGAUGAGGUGUUCUCUCGACAGCGUGCCUCUCAGAGCGAGGCGGAGAUGCUCAAGGCCAAUCCGCUCCGCUUUCACGACACCUCGGCUGUUUCCACGGCAAUCCCUUCUUUACCUGCUCCGCCGUCUGCUUGCAAAGCUCCCAGGGCUAGAGUGGAAUCGUCCACUUUUGUGAUGAUGCCGUGGAAACGCCCAUCCGAUGGACCCGAAAUCAAGGACGCCAAGGGCAAGACUGAAAGACGAAUGUUCCCGUGGGACGCCGUGUACAAAGGUGGAGAAGAAUGGUGCUUUGAAGAAGUCAGAGCAAGGCAGAGGGGUAUCCUAGGGAAGGAGUAUCGAAAAGACGUCCAAGAGUGGGAGAUGCAGUGGCAUGAGCCCGGAGCUUCCACGCCAAAAGCCAAAGCGCCACCGCGCAAACCUCCAUCUCCUACGUUCAAUACCAAGCUCGCCAACGAGGAGGUCGCGCGAAUGUUUGAUCAGACGAUUCAUGGAGGCAAGAUGAGGGAUCCAGAUUCGGACUCGGACGAAACGUCCGACGACGAAGACGAUGUGGCACCUGUAUUCAUCGCGCCAACGCCCAAUCCCGCCACCAUGCUCAGCCCCGGCAGCGGCAUGGUACCCCCCACACCUACCCCAGCGCAGGGGUCUCUUCUUCAGCAUCGACCUGCACAGAGCAUGAUGGUGUUUGCGGAUGAGAAUGCGGGGCUAAGAUCGGCAAGCAAGCCAAAGUUCAACAUAUUCAGUGACACGCCGGCACAAACACCUCUUGCUGCCAAGCCCAGAGCCUUUGGUGUGUACCAGGAGGAGCCUAGUCUGCCAAUGACGGCAACGCCAGCAGUCCGACCACGCAUCGCCUCGAAUCCGUUCGCAACUCCCGCGCCAGAGGCCGUGCGACCUGUCGAAGCGCCAGCCGAGCCAGUCAUCUCUGACGUGAUUGAAGAGGCAAAAGAAGAGGAAGCCUACGUGGAAGAGCAUCAAGAUUUGAACGAUCAGUAUGAGCCGGUGCCAUUCAACAAUGAACGAGACUUUAAAAAGCGCCUCUCCACCAUAAGCGAACGAACCAUGGAGUACACGCAAAUGACCGAUGGGCGGGGAUCCAGCUCGGUGACGCGUCGGACGAGUGCGGCAAGCUCACUUGCGGAUGAGGCGUUCAGUGCCGGGGACAUUUCUCGGCGGGGCUUGAAUGUGGUCGCCGAAGAGGACGAGUCGCGAGGGGGAAGGACGAGUGAUGCCAGUUCUGCGGUCAGCCCUCAGAACCAGUCGGGCUCCAUGGGGACUGGCUUUCAUCUCCCUGAGGGUUUCACGAUACAUGGUCAGGCAGACAACUUGGCACACACUUUGGUGGUGACAGAGGUGUACGACACGAUGCACACGGCUCGUGAAGGGAGUCCGGACACUGGAGACUUUGUCACUGCGAAGCAGGCAUUACCCAACCCCUGCAACCCGUCGGAUCCUGACAUACUGACAUCUCUGUUCGCCGAUAUGGACCUGGGCUCUCUUGGCGGAUACCUGUUCCAACACGAGGACGGCUCUCGCCGCAUGGAUGGACUCGUCAAGUUUGCCAAGAGCAAGGGUCGACGCAACAGCACCAGCGCCAGUGCCUCGCGCUCGUCUCUUGCACCAGAAGAAUGCUUCCAUCUCGACUUGUCGGGCAAACCGUACGAAGUCUUGGACAAGAUUGGUGAGGGAGGAUUUGGCGCCGUCUUUCUCGCCGCGGAUGUGGAAGCUCGCGAUGCCCAAGAUGAGGCCGACAGUGACGACGAGGAUGGAGAGGAAGACUGUCUCGUCGCUAUCAAGGUGGAACGCCCGUCUGCGCUGUGGGAAGGAGUUGUCCUGGAUCGGAUCCAUCAGCGAUUGGAACCCGCUGCGAGACCGUCUAUUGUCCAGCCUCGAGCUGUGUACGCAUUUACCGACGAAUCCUUCCUUGUCAUGGACUUUGCUUCUCAAGGUACCCUACUUGAUGCCGUCAACAAGGCAUCAUCCAUGGGUAUCGCGCCUCUGGUCCCUGGCGGUCCAUCGGCAUUUGAUGAACUGUUGGCGAUCUUUUUCACUAUCGAGCUUUUGAGGACAGUCGAGGACUUGCACAACGCCAAGUUCAUCCACGGUGAUCUCAAGAUUGACAACUGCUUGAUCAGAUUGUCUGAAGUCCCCAAUGCCGAGUGGUCGGCUCAGUACCUGCGAACUGGAGCGGAAGGGUGGUCGGACAAGGGAAUCAAAUUGAUCGACUUUGGUCGGGGCAUCGACCUCGAGCUAUACCCUCCUGGGCAGACUUUCGUGUCGGACUGGGAGACGGACGAGAGAGAUUGCGUGGAGAUGCGCGAGGGACGAGCGUGGACGUAUCAGACCGACUAUUCGGGGUUGGCGAGCGUGUGCUACUGUAUGCUGUAUGGCAAGUAUAUCACGACCGAGGUGGAUGCAAGCGGCAGGCAAAAGAUCUCGACGCCCUUGAAAAGGUACUGGCAGACCGAAUUAUGGACUACACUCUUUGACAUGCUGCUGAACCCGACGUUGAUCCGGGAAGGAGAACUGCCGAUCACGCCCGAGUUAGCAGAUUUGAGAGUCAAGUUUGAGGAUUGGCUAGAGGAGAAUUGUCAAAAGAGUGGCAAGAGUCUGAGGUCCAUGUUGAAGAAGAUUGAGCUGCAGGCGAUCACCAGUAGGCGUGUUUGA